ACCAAAUGUAAAUCUACUAAAUAAUCAGAAGUUUAUAUAUUGGGACUAAACUUCGACUUAGAAGUUUUCACUUUUCAGCCAUUUGACGACUUGCGAGUUCUUUGCUAGAGCUCAGCUCACUCCUUCAUUUCCAUGGAAGCUUAGACACCCAGUAGGUUUUUGCUUAAAUGGAUUGGGCAUUCGUCCACAAAGCUUGGGACAAAUGGGCUUCCGGCAGCAUUGGCACCUUCGGUCAGCCAUUGAAAGCUGCUCUGUUGAUUAAUUAUGACCCAACUGGACCUUCCCGCUUGCUUUCAACCAUUGCAGAACAAGAAGGAAUAUUGCUUAAUCCCAUAGAACUGAAUCAGUUUGUCGAUUUCAUCAAACGUGACAAACCCCAAAAUGAGAGUUUCAGCAUUGGCUUAAAUCAAUACAUAAUGACAUCAGUUCAUGAGAAUUGGUUUUGUGCAAGGUGCAUGAACACUAUAAAGCAUGCCGGUGAAGGUGUUAUUAUAGUGCAAACAACAGCAUUUAUUUUGAUUGCUAUGUAUGAUGGUUCAAUUGCAGCAGCAUCUCGGGCGAUGGCAGCGGCCGAUCAGUUAUCGUGGGUAUUAGCCAGGAAAAAUCUCUAGUUGCGUUAAAGUAAAACCUUGUGUGACAAAUCUUUCUUAUAGAAAAAAAUGACAAGUCCUUGACCCAUUGUCUAACUGCUGUAGAAAGCACCAGAGUUUUUCCUACCAUGAUGCAAAAUUUUUCUUUAAACAAAUUAUAAAAAUAUAGGACUGCUACGAGUGUUAUCUAAUAUAAUUUUUCAAAUGUUAAAUAGGAUCAAAGUUGUAGUGUGGAUGUCUAUGUAAUACUUUCCUUUUUGGGAUUUGAAUUUUAUUGAUUGUGAUUCAAUUUUC